ACUCCGAUUCAACUUUUGCUACUUCAAAUUCAACAUAUUCAAGCAAAAAACACAAAAAUAAGUAAGAGAUUAUAACAAAAUUAGAUGAAAGAUUACGAACUUCAAAGUUUCGAAGAAAUACCUAAUUUUCGACAAUUUUUGUUUCGAAACUGAAGAAUGUAGAUAAUAGACCAUGAAAUUGUGCUUAUAUAGAAAAUUAAGCAGUUGAAAUUGGCGAUUAUGGCGGUUUUUCGAAGUUUUGGAGCGGUUUUUCGAAGGUUUUUGAGCAGUUGAAAAUGGCGGAGGAGAGAGAAAGAAGAGAUGGUACUGUUUAUAGGUAUAAUAUUCAUGCUAAGUUGAUUGAACCUAGUUUUUCGUUAGGGAAGGAGUGUUUUGAGCAGAGUGUGGUGGAUUGUGUUUUUUGGGGGAAUGGGGUUGUGUGUAUGAAUGAAGGGUUCCAAUUCUUUAGUGUACCGGAUUUUUCGAGUUUCGAUUCGGAUAAGGGUGUGGUUAAGAUGGCUGAUCUUGGACUCAAGGAUCCACCAUUGUGUAUGGCAGUGAUCAAGCCGAAAUAUACCAUGUCUGGGAAUGUGGAGGUGUUGCUUGGUGUUGGUGAUCAUGUAUUGUUGGUUGAUGAAGAUGGGGUGCAACAGUUGGGUGUUGGAGUUGGCCCGCUUCAGAAGAUGGUGGUUUCGAGAGAUGGGAAGUAUUUGGCUUCCUUUAAUCAUGAUGGGAGGCUCUUGGUUAUUACCUCUAACUUUGCUAGCAUCAUUUUCGAGUAUAGUUGCGAGACGGAACGUAUUUUAUGACCAAAUAUUUAAAGUCCAAGACUGAGUCAAAAGAAAUUGACUUCGGUGAUCAAGGGCUCGAUUAAAUAAGAGGUUAAAGGUUUUAAUAUUAUUAUUACCACGGACCAAAUCAUUAUCAUAGAGUCAUGGACCAUGUGAAGCAAGGAAAGAAAUUGGGCCGAGUUAUUUGAGCCCAAGUCAAGAAAAGGAGAAAUGACGACCCAGCAAAAGCCAAAGCUUAUUUCCAGACUGACCGGGCCCGAUUGGGCGCUGAUUUCUCGCUGAUGAUUGAUGUCGGUUAUUAUUAGGUUUAUAUAUACCCAUAUAAAGAAGAUUUGGGGCAGCUUUUAUUUUUACGAAGUACUCGUAUUAGUUAGUUUGGCUUUCUUUGGCAGAUUCUUUAACAUAGCUCAUCAUACUCGUAGAUUAGUUUUUUUUUUUGGUAAUUAGUAGGUAGCUUUUGUCAGACUUUAAGAGUUUGGCUUUUAUAAUCUUUGCUUUUCAUUAGUUUUGGAUUUAUCUUGGAUUGAUUUUCAUACUUUGUUUUACGGUAAUUUAGUUAGCCUUGUUUCAGUUUUGUUCUUCUAUUAGCUUUAAUGUAAUUUUUAUUAGUUGAUAGUUAAUUCCUUUAAUAUUUAUCUUUUA